AUGGACUCACCCUUCCCCGAGAGCGACUCGUCGCAGAGCGAACGUAGAAAGGGAAAGCUACGGGCUGCCCCUGAAGAAAUCUCGGAAACGACUCCUUUGCUUGGUUCCUCGCAACCACUGAUUCGAGAUGACGUGCCUCCCACAAGCAGCUUCCGAAAUCGCAGGCGAUUGCUCAUCCUCCUAUCAACAGUCUUCUUGUCGACGCUGGGUUUCUGCCUCAUAAUAAUUGUUAUCCUCUUAGCCCUUACCUACUCGUAUUCUCCGAAAAUAACGAAUGCCGUUCGUGAUGAAGUGCUCGAUCGUUCGGUGGUAAUACGUGGUCCGGAUCGCGUGGACGUGGUGAAUGCCACGGAAAGCUCGGUCUGGGCACAAGUGGACUUGAAAAUUGGAGUGGAUGUUGGGACCGCCAUUGAUAUUGUACUGGAAACGGAUAACAAGAGACUGGAUUCUGGGGUGACAGCCAUUCGAAGAGCUCUUGGACGUUGGCUUAUACGACAGAUGCAUACAGUAACAGUUUCAGCGGAGUACGCUUCCCUAUAUUCAGAGAACAAGAAUAUUGCGAAUGUGGCGGUUCCAUCUAUCACGUUUCCCUUGACGGUCGACCGUCCCGAUGAUGACACUUGGUUAACGGAUCUCUCUCUAACUGUGCAUAUUGACGUCACAGACAAUGCUGAAGAUAUGAGCACGAUUGCAAGAGAGGCAUGGAAAAGCGGCGUGCUAUUGGUGAACACAGUCUUGCACAACGUUUCAAUCAACGGAGGAACGAAAGGUGAUCGCAGUUGGAGACGACAUCUCAAAGAGAAGCAGGAAAUUAUGGUCUUGCAAUCCCGGAUCAAAGUCCCAGAAUUACCUGGCCUUCCUAGUCCAGGCAGAGGCACGCCGUUUCCUGAGCUGGCUGACUUGGUCACUCUGGAAACUUUCAAUAUUUCGACGGUUGACCAUAAUGUAUCUAUCAACGCUACUGCGUCUCUCGUAAAUCCCUUGUCUACCUCAUUAUCAAUGCGCAUUCCGUCUCUUCCUUUCUUUGUCGCUUUGUCCGACGUGAACAAGUCUGACACGACAGUGGUUGUUACGUCAGGCAAAGUCGAACAGUUCACGCUCACCCACCCUAAUAUCACUCUACACCUUAAUGGAACCGUUCCUCCGCUUCCUCGGUCUUCCUCGCCUCUCCUCUCCGCGUUCCUUUCCGCUUAUCUUGCCGGAGUGGACGCGCCCAUCGUAGUUGGAACACCGCUGUUAUCGGCCCUCAAAAUGCCUGCGUUCUUCCCGGCUCCCAAUCCGAAACCACAAAUACUCCGAGACGUACAUAUAAAGAAUAUGCGUAUUAGUCUACGAGGAGAAAGCGUUCUUGCGAGCGGGACAAUCUUUGCGCAUGUUGUUCUGCCCACGGGAGUCCACGUGCUUGUGGAUGCGAAAAGAAUUUGGCCUGACGUUCUUGUAUUUGAUGGUGAAGUUCCGCCAGAUGAUGAGGAUGAAAUUGGAAGGAACGUAUUUCUCGCCGACGCGGAUGACUUUGUCUAUCCCUCGAGUACCACAUCAGGUGAAGAAGACGAAGACCGGGUAGACGUCCCAAAAGAUCCGCUCCCUUCACCGCUCCCUCCUCGUGCUUUUGCACGCAUUCGACCAGAUGACUGGCUUCCCGCACAUAGCGAACCCAUAUCAGACUCGAAUAACGUCUACGAAGUCACAGCAAAAGUUGUCGACGUUCCGCUUGAAGUGCUCCCAGGCCGAGAUCACUUAUUACGGAGCUUUGUGUCGAAGGUCUUAUUUAGCGGACGAGAAGGCGCACUUGCAGGUGUCAAAGGCACUGCUGCCGUGGCUGUCACUGUUGAUGGUUUACCUGUCGCGGAUGAGGGUGGUGAUAGGGAGGACGAGGAUGAUCAUGUUUUUGAGUUGCUCGGUCUACCUUUUUCUGGGAGUGUACGGGUUGGGAGAAAGACUAUUUGACGCAUUGCUCAGCUCCUCGCUCCAUACUAGUUUUGAUGGACUCUAUUAGCAAGCUAUCAAAUCGAUUUAUUGUAUGUACUUAAGCCCAAUGUUUUGCACACAUGUAAUAUUGUUUGUAGAGGUACAAUACAUCACUCAACAU